UAACGUCACUAUUUUCUAACGAGUGUUCCGAAUAGUGUCCUCUAAUUAAGAAAAUGAAGUCGAUCGUAUUUUUGGGCCUUAUCGCCCUAGCCGCUGCCUCUGGUCAAUUUGAAGAAUACCAAAAGAACCAAUAUCAAGGGCAGAAGGUUUUUGGCAAUGCGGACAAUAAUUUUUCUCAGGCCGUGUACCAAGCAGAACAAGCGUAUCAAUACGCAGUAGCCGCUCAAAAAGUUUUGGCAACUAGCAACUUACCCGCAACUGUCUACCAAUAUGUGAGCCAACAAUUGGGAGAAGGUAUAGCAAAUGCACGAGUUGCUAAAGAAUUUUUCCAAGCUUACCAACAACAAUACUAUCAACAAUAUUUCGUUGAAAUUGCUUCGAACAGAAUUCAGCAAGCUUUGCAGUACUUCCAAAGAGCCUACCAAUACAUCAACGACCAACAAGUACAAGGUACCUUCACACAAAAUAUUGAAAACUUUGAACAGCCAAUCCAGAAUGCUGUGCAAGCUGCUCAAAAUGCAUACACUCUUUCACAACAGUUUGUCAGCGGAUCUCAAGGUACAUUCCAAGGUUUCCAACAAGGAUUCCAGUACCAAAAUGAAGAAAACUACGGUUUCCAAUACGUUAAGAACCAAUUCCAACAAAUUGAAAAAUUAGUUGCCACUGCUCAAGAGGCUGUUGAACAAAAUGGACCAUUUGAAAACGCAAGCUACAUUGUUGAAUACUUGAAGAAAGGUUUACAAUACAUUCAAAAUAUUUCUGAAAAGGUGCAACAAGGUCAGUUUUACAACUCGCCUUCAUUUGUAUUCCAACAGGCAAAACAAGCUUAUCAAGCAUUCUAUAACGCUUACCAAGCGGCUCGUAAACAAGGACAACGAACUGUUGCUCAACAAAUUAAUUUACUUCAACAACCCGUCCAGAACGUUGUCCGAGCUAUUCAACAAAACUAUUCCAACAAUGUACAAUUUGCUUCUCCCUCUGUUCAACCUGUUCAACAAUACGCUUACCCCACCUAUGGAGGAUACCCAAAUCAGUAUAACGGACCCUACAGCGCAGGAUACCCUUACACCACUUAUGGAUCUUAUGGAUUCGAGUCUUACGUUCCAGUAAACUACCCUUCAGCUGCAGCAUACCCCAAUGUCUAUUCCAAUGUACCAGCAUCAUCCCAGUAUGGAUAUUUCAGUAAACACGCCUACCCCUUCACUGGACCCUCUUAUCAAAACUACGAGGGAAAUGCACCAUAUGUUGCCUAAGCUUCAAAGGAGGAGAUUUAUAUGUUAUAUAAUAUUUAAGAUUUUAAAGAAAUAAAUUUUUGUUAACUA